AUGGCAAGAAUACGACCAGAUUAUCAUAGACAUUACAAACCACCACCUUUUCUGUAUUUACGUUCAUUCUUACCUAUAAUCUCAUUGAUACUUUUAUUCAGUUUUGGAUUAGUAUCAUAUUCGUUGUUGGGUCAUUACAAGUCGCCUGCGUAUAAGCAGCAAUUGGGAUGGCAAAGUUGGGAUAUUGUUGAAAUCUCUUCUUCUUCUUCUUCGCAGACAGAUGGGGGUGAAGAUGGUAUUUUAGAUAAUGAUGGAGGUAAUGGAGGCAAUGGUUCCGAAUGGGGUGCCAGUAUUCCAUUAGAUAAUUGGGAUCCAUUGGCUUUGCAUACAACUGGCAUAACUGAAAUAGCUGUGAAACCAUGUUAUUUCCCACCAUAUUUAUUUCCAUCUUAUUGCGCACCUGAAACCACACCCGAACUGGACAAGUUGAAAGGUAAAUGGGUUAUUGUAGAAAGAGAUUUAAAUCUGAGGACUGGGAUAUGGUACUUGAACGUGUAUUAUAGAAGAUCAAGAAGACUCGAUGUGGAUCUAAUAACAGACUUACAAAUCGUAUCUGAACCACCAGCUGAUUCACAGAAAUACGACCUCGAAUUAAGAGGUUGGAUCAAAGCAGAAGGAGAUUUACAUUCUGGAGUUUGGCCAAAACAGGAUGAAGAGAGAUUAUGGUAUAAAACCAAGAGUCAAGGAUGGGAUGAUCUAUGGCGAAAGGAUAGACUACAUAACCCUAAAAAGGAGGAAAGGACAAUUGAGCCGACUGAGAGGCAAAUUGACGAAGAGAUCAAACCCAACGACGAUAUAAUAUCGGAAGAUUCGGGCCAAACUUCUUCUGGAUCAGUAGAAGAAAUCCAAUCUGGAUCAAACGAUGAAUCGAAAAUAGUAGAAUAUGGAGAUUAUAUAACUGAAAUAGAUAUAAUAUAUGGGAAUGAUGAUCCCUUUUUUGGGUUCCAAAGGAUCACAGGAGGCAAAGUCACCGAAGGUCAAAAAGGUAGAUGGGAAGGCGUUUCUAUAACGGUUAGAAAAGGAAAUCCGAUGCCGCCCAGAGCCAGUGUCCCGAAAUUCCACUCAGAUGGCUCAUUCAAAAUAAUGCAAAUCGCCGACCUGCAUUACUCUGUGGGAAACGGUGAAUGCAGAGACACCGAUAAAUACCCGUGUACAGGAGAUUCAGAUACGGCCGCAUGGUUGGGACAAGCUUUAGACGAGGAGAAACCUGAUUUAGUGGUCUUCUCGGGAGACCAGUUGAACGGACAAGAAACAAGCUACGAUUCAAGAUCUGUUUUAGCAAAAUUCGCAAAACCUGUUAUUCAGAGACAGAUUCCUUGGGCAGCGAUAUUUGGUAAUCACGACAGUGAGAUUGUCGAAGAUCGGGCUGCGCAGAUGAGAAAUAUGCAACAUAUGCCUUAUUCUUUGGCUAGGCCGGGUCCCAAGAGUGUUGAUGGAGUAGGAAACUAUUAUAUCAAGCUUCACUCGCCUGACGCCUCAAACAUACAUGUCUUCACCCUUUACUUCCUUGAUUCACAUUCCUACCAGAAGAAAACCCUUCCUUGGCGGAAAGCGGAUUACGAUUAUCUGAAAACUUCUCAGAUAGAUUGGUAUCUCAAUGUCUCAUCAUCCAUCAAACCCAUUUCGAGACCUUUUCAACCUGACGGUACAUCCGAUCUGGGUGAUAUAUGGAGAAAAUCAAGCCCGUCACGCCUGGAAAGACAAGAUAAGACAUUAGCUAAACCAAAUGCGAUGAUGUGGUUCCAUAUCCCACUGCCUGAAGCGUACAUGGAAGCUGAUAAACCAGAAUUCUUGGAUGAAGCUGAAUUGGAAAAGUUGGACGUGGGUAAGAUGAUGGACGGUCAAGGUAAUUCCAAACAUAAUUCGGGAUUCUUUUACAAUGCGAUCAAAGCUGCUCAUGAAAUUGAUGAGUCUCCUGAAGAUGUAGAAAUGGAUAUUUGGGGAGAGAGUAAGAACAGUAAAGCAGAAGUGAAAGUUUUGAGCCACGGUCAUUGUCAUAAUACCGAUAGAUGUAGGAGGAGUGAUGGUAUUUGGUCAUGUUUCGAUGGAGGUUCAUCUUAUUCUGGAUAUGGUCAAUUAGGGUUCGAUAGAAGAGUUCGAAUAUAUAAUAUCACGCAAUUCGGUGAGAAGAUUCAAACGUAUAAAAGGUCAACGAAUGGUGAUAUCAUAGAUGAUCAGAUUUUGGUUGGAGAAGGUGCGGUAUCUGGAUGGGGUGAAGAUCAAGGAUGA